GGAGGGGGUGAAUGGGUUCAUCGGGUUCAUGUAGUAUUGGACUCCUUCCUUCUCCCAUUUCAGGUUGGCCGCCUCCCUCAGUGAAAGGGCUAGCUUUAAGGCAAGUGGGGUGAUGGAAGUUUGCAGAGGAAAGGGCUAAAUAGGCGAGCUUGACCUUUUAUUCGGGACACAGUAAAGUCGAUCAGCUGGUGACUCCAAGCUGCCAUUUUUAGGUCAUUCGGGGCGUCUCGCUAACUUGUUUGUAGCGCCAGCCCAGCUGAUGAAUGAGCCCGCUUUAUUCGUCAAUUAGUCUCACCAGUGGGAUGGGGGGGAUCGCUUUGUCUUGUGUUGUCUAGUGGUGGAAUAUAAAUCAUGAUGGCUGAUGGAUGUUGCAGAGGGAUGGAAAGAGGCAGGGGUAAGAUUGCAUCAGAUUCUUUACCGAGACCCACAUAUCCCCAGCAAUAUGUCCAGACCGGAUCCCAGCAGCAGCAGCAGCAGCCGGGCAGUGACAUCCAGGAGUUGGCCUCCAAACGCGUCGACAUCCAGAAGAAACGCUUCUACCUGGAUGUGAAGCAGAGUAUCCGCGGACGCUUCCUAAAAAUAGCCGAGGUGUGGAUCGGAAGAGGCCGGCACGACAACAUCAGGAAGAGCAAGCUGACGCUGUCUAUGUCGAUGGCCCCCGCGCUCCGCUACUGCCUGGGAGACUUCAUCGAUUAUUACGCCCGGAUUGGACUGCGGGGGGGCCUCGCUCCUCCGCAGCUCGACGAGCACAGCAGCAGCAACGGCCAGGGCCGCGCGCGCGACUCCCGCCGGAGAGCACAGGAGCCGCACGCGGGGCUGUCUCCAGACGGCUCCGCGGUGUCCGACGACCAUGCCCACCGCGUCCUCAAGAGCGAGUUUAUCGAGAGAGACAACAGGAAGUACUUCCUAGACCUGAAGGAGAACCAGCGGGGCCGGUUCCUCCGCAUACGGCAGACUGUCAGCAAAGGACACGGCACCAUAGGCUACUACGGCCAGGGCAUCGAGCAGACCAUAGUGCUGCCCGCCCAGGGGCUCAUCGAGUUCCGGGACGCGCUGUCGCAGCUUAUCGAAGACUACGGCGACGAGGAGAGCGACGACCGCGGCCGAACCGGGUCCAGGAACCAGGACGACAACCCCGAGCUUCCCGAGGCUGCGUCCUUCCGUGUGGACAAUAAGAGGUUUUACUUCGACGUCGGGUCCAACCGCUACGGUGUCUUUUUAAAAAUUAGCGAGGUGCGCCAGCCGUACAGGAACACCAUCACCGUGCCCCUGAAAGCCUGGGCUCGCUUCGGGGAGAAUUUCGUCAGGUACGAAGAGGAGAUGCGGCGGAUUUUCUCCUGUCACAAAGAGAAGAGGACAGACGCGCGGCAGGACAGCGAGGACCAGGAGGACUGACCUUGGCAGUAGGCUGUGUCCGUGUCCGUUUUGCAUGUGUUCUAGGAAAUGU